AUGUCCGUACGUGGCGUAGUGCAAGAUGCACCCCUAGAUUUGAGCUGCCGCGGGUCUGAAAAAAAAUUAAGGUUGGCAAAUUCUUCUAAGUUUCAAAGAUGUUUGCCAUGUCAAACCUGUGGAAAAAGUUUUGAUAGACCUUCUUUACUCAAAAGACAUCUACGGACUCAUACAGGUGAAAAACCACAUGGUUGCACAGUGUGCGGAAAAAUGUUCAGUACAAGCAGUUCUUUGAAUACACACGUCAGAAUUCACACUGGAGAACGUCCACACGAAUGUCCCAUUUGUGGAAAACGUUUUACUGCGUCAUCGAAUUUGUAUUACCAUAGAAUGACUCAUUACAAGGAAAAGCCCCAUAAAUGCAAUGAAUGUGCUCGUUCUUUUCCAACCCCUGGCGACUUAAGAGCCCAUGGGUAUUCCCAUAGCGGUAAUUGGCCGAUGCGAUGUCUGAUCUGCAAUCGAGGAUUCUGUAAACCUGGGGCUCUACAUCAUCAUAUGCAAUUACAUACUGGAAAUCGUCCAUAUUGCUGUAACAUAUGUAAAAAACAGUUUUCCUUAAUCAGUAAUUUACGAUCACAUGAACGAUCUCAUGAUCUUGAUAUGUCAAUUGCAAGUGUUACUAAUUACUCAAGUACGGAAAGUAAAGUGCCAACAAUGAGUACGAUUAGAUUUGAGGAUACAAGUAAAAAUCACUUACAAUUUCCAACCAUUUAUUCGUGGUCUUCUUGGGUACCUAUACAUUAUCCAAAGUAAACAACAUGAUUGCUUUGUUGAUUGAUAUAUUUUUAUCAGUCAGUUAUAAAAUGAAUUAAUUAACAAGAGAUAACGAGUACCAAUAAAUGCGAAUAAAUCUUAUCUUUGUAAAAAAAACACGUAGGAAAAUUGCUUAAAAUUAAAUUGCGAUAUUUCAAUUUCAAUUGAAAAAUGUAUAAAUAUUUUACUUAAAACAUAACUGUGGUGGCAAUAAAGGAAAUAUAUUAAGCGAUAUUUUCGAAUAGAAUAGUACAAAGUU